UGUGUGUGUGUGUGCCCGUGUGCGUGUGCGCAUGUUUCUAGGACCCGCCUCUCCAUCUGUUCCAGUGUUCAGAGCAUUGUGUGUCACUGCAACAGCACUACAACACUCCACUGGUCCUAAACACCUGCCCCAUCCCUCCAUCUCUCCAUUCCUCUCUCCCUCUCGCAGUCACACAAACACACACUUUAACUCUCUCUCUCUGAACUGUGUGAUCAUUAAUCCCACCCGUUGUGCAGCCACAGAGAAGGAUCCCCGGCACACGCCCUCCUCCUCCUCCUCCUCCUCCUCCUCCUCAUCUUAGCGAUGCUCUGCUUCUGUGGCGCGAGGGGUUUGCACGUCUGAACGGUUUUGAGCUUUCGCUCACAGACGAGUGUGUGUGUGAAUCAGAGGUGAAAGGACUUUCCCAGAGCACCACUGGCUUCACACACUCUCUCUAGCACACACACACACACACACACUCACGCACAUCAAAAGAGUGUAUAGCUUAGAGACCGCUACGCUCGACUCUCAGAGAAGAAAUCGUGUGCAGAAGGGCCGCAAUGGAAGAGAACAUGGAAGAAGGACAGACACAGAAAGGGUGCUCUGAGUGCUGUAUUAAAUGCCUGAGCGGGAUUCCCUACGCCUCUCUCAUCGCCACCAUCCUGCUCUACGCCGGCGUGGCGCUCUUCUGCGGCUGCGGGCAUGAGGCUCUCUCUGGCACCGUCACCAUCCUGCAGAACUAUUUCGAGAUGAUCCGAACAGUCGAAACCCUGGACGUCUUUACCAUGAUUGAUAUCCUGAAGUAUGUGAUCUACGGUGUGGCUGCAGCGUUUUUCGUCUACGGGAUCCUGCUCAUGGUCGAGGGCUUUUUCACCACUGGGGCAAUCCGCGACCUCUAUGGAGAUUUCAAGAUCACGACCUGUGGCCGCUGCGUGAGCGCCUGGUUCAUCAUGUUGACCUACAUCUUCAUGCUGGCCUGGCUGGGCGUGACGGCCUUCACCUCUCUGCCAGUCUUCAUGUACUUCAACAUAUGGAACAUCUGCCAGAACAUGACAGUGGCCGAAGGAACCAACGUGUGCUUCGAUCUGCGCCAGUUUGGAAUUGUAACCCCUAGUGACGAGAAGAAAAUCUGCACCAACACAGAAAUGUUCAAAAAGAUGUGUGCUUCUGACGAGCUGGAUCUGACGUUCCACUUGUUCGUCUGUGCUCUGGCGGGGGCAGGAGCGGCCGUCAUCGCCAUGGUGCACUACCUGAUGGUCCUGGCGGCGAACUGGGCCUACGUGAAGGACGCGUGCCGCAUGCAGAAGUAUGAAGACAUCAAGAGCAAGGAGGAGCAGGAGCUACACGAUAUCCACUCCACUCGCUCCAAAGAGCGCCUCAACGCCUACACAUAAACCACACACACACACACACACACACACACACACACACACAGUCCCAAGCAUGCCCCUUUCCUUCCCUGAACAACACACACACACACACACACACAUAAGCACACAUAUAUGUAAACACAUGUAAUGAUUUGAUUGGUUAGAGGAUCAGCACCAGGAUGGACUUACACACACUUGUAUUAUUUUUUCGUAUUACUUUUAUUAUUAUUUUUUGCUUUUGAAUGUUUCCAUGACCUUCUCCCUUUUCGUUUCCACCUCGUCUGUUAUUUUGUUGGCUCUUAUCCGUCAACGUUGCUGCCGAAGUAUGCACAGAUCCGCAUCCGAUUCGUGACGCUAUCAUACAGCAUCAAAAUCAGUCGUGAUUUAAGCAAAAUGAAUCGGCUUCAGCUGUGUGAACGCAAGCUCCUCCCACUAGCCCCUUAUUUGCAUGUCAUAUGCAUACGACACUCCCCCUUUUACCCUCGUAUACAUUUAAUUUGCAUGAAACACACCUCUUUUUACACAGGUAAAAUGAAUCGAACUAGCUUUUUAAACUGAGGAUGUGUUGCUGGAUAAUAUAGUAUGCAUAAUAAAUAUAUCAUUCCGGUUAAUUCCAUUACGUAAACUCAAAGGAGUUACAUGUUAAAUGUAAUAUUUAAUGAGUAAUAAAAUGAUCAUAAUGACCCAAAUCUAUAUCAUGUGGUUUAGAAUUAUAACGAUUUUAAAAUUAUUAUUAUUAUUAUUAUUAUUAUUAUUAAUUGUGCAUAUAUGCCAAAGAUGAAAUCUGAUGAAUGAUCAAGUGAGGGAAUUUGCAUAAAUUUUUUUCGUAAGCAACGUUGAUGAAUAAGAGCCAUUUGUCUUUAAAGAGACGGAUAUCACACGCCAACGACAUGUCCAACUAAUGUUUAUAUACAUGUGGAGCUUGUAACUAUCCAGAUCUGUUUUCAGAGGAAAGAGGAUUAUGAUAUGUCAUGUCUGACAAGAUCAGAAGAUUAGCCACAUUGCUAGCUACACUAUGAUUUAUACUUCUCCUGGUAUAGAUAAUACAUGUUUUAUCAUUUUAAACAUUUUUAACCUCAGUAUGUGAACAUUAAACUUACUGGAAGAAGAAAUUUAAAAAAAAAAAAGUGCUAAAUAGACACAGAAAGCUAGCUGGCUACGAAUGCUAACAUCUAGCUCCUCGGUGUUAUGUUAGCGCCGUUAGUUUGACUUUAACAGUGCUAAUGUGUUGUGUUUUUUCCACAGUAACUUGCUCAGUAUUUCUCAGAAAGGAGAAAACAAAUAAAUCAAUAUAUAUAUAUAUAUAUAUUUUAAUAAAUAAAACACGUCAGCGCUAAACAUCGUAUUUGUGUGUGUUUAGGUUUUUCAGAGGACUAGCAUAGCUAGCACUACGGCUAGUCUAGCGAUACGACUCCUGGACAUAAUCACAAUCCUUUUAAUCCUGAAAAGCAGUUUAGAUUACGUUAAAUAAACUCCGAUCUAUUUUUACGACAUUAACGUCAUUUAAGCGUAGCUUUACUCACGGAAAUCUUAAACCGGGCCUCGUGUCGUUGUUGUCGUUCUUGAUGUUUUUUAACAUCCGAAGCUAAAACGUGACCAAACUUGUAUGACUUCACAGAUUCCUUUCCAGCAAAUCGUCGGUUCCGAGAGCCGAACAAACCGUAAAAUGACUUCUUCUUCUUCUUUGUUCUUUUUUUUUUUUAUUUUUUUUUUUUUACCAAAAACAAUUACCAUAAGUCUCGGAAACGUACGCUCGGAAUACGAAGAAGCUGUGACACUGGUGCUCCAUCUCGAACCGUUUUUAAAAGCUAUAAAGUGCGUACUGUAUUUGCUUUAAACAUGGAAAGGUUUUAGAUUAAAGAAACAAAAGGGCGGGAAGAAAAAAAUUUUAAAAAGUCUUUUCGUUAAAACGGGCACCUUUCUGAUUGGCGAAUUGUACAGAUUAUAUUCCAGCAUGUUCUUUAAAGAUCGCAAGAGCCAGAAAGACCUUAAGGUUACUUUUUUAUCGCUUGAGUGUAGCUUUUUAUCGUACGUUAAGUAUAUCAUGAUGUUACUUGACACUGGUGCUUCGUCUCAGGCUGUUUUCCAAGUAAGCUAGAGUCACCACAGGGGCUGCAAAAACAUCCAGAGAGAAUAUUCAUCAUCAUCAUCAUCCUCAUCGUCAUCAUCAUUAUUAUUAUUAUUAUUAUUAUUAUUAUUAUUAAAACAAAAAGUGAUUUAAUUUAGGUUCAAAUGAUGACAUUGAAGAGCUUAAAAACGUUGAAAUAAUUGUCUGAUUAUUUGGAAGCAUGACAUUAUAGCAAAUGAAUCCAUGUUGCAAAAAUAUUUAUUAUGAAUAAUAUUUAAAUAUUAAUUUUGGACUAAUUAGAGCUAGCUAAAAAUGAUGAACCUUAAUGGACUUUAGGCAAAAAAGUGACCUGAUAAUAACAACGUAGGAGGUAAAUCAUUUAAUGAUGAUGAUGAUGAUGACGACGAUGAUGAAUAGCCUCUCUGAGCUUCCAGUAGAAUUGUGUGAGUAGAACGAAAUAAGAAGGAAAGCGAGAUGUUCUCGCUGAUCGAGGUUUCGGAUUUGCCUCGGAGAGAUUCUGUAGAUUCUUCGCUCAUCUCUCAUCACAAGCCAUAAUCUCACUAACACGCUCCGGUUUUCUUUUCGGCUUAUUUUUUUAAGCUUUAUCUUUUUAAAAUGCUUCAAUGCGAGAUCAAAAACGAAAUGGAACAUCACUCCUCUGCACAUAUAUAAAUCUGCAGUAUAUCAAUGUAUACGUAUAUUUCCAGUCUUGUGAAAAAAGAAGUUUCAGAAACUUGCUGAUGUUUGGGUGAUACGCCGAAGAUCGCCGUCCAUAUCAGGGACAAAAAUAACAUGUAAGAAAUAGAUCAUUAAAUAAUAAUAAUUAUUAUUAUUAGCAUUAUAAGCUAAUAAAAAUCUUGUGGGGUUUUUUUGGGGGGUUAUAAUUGAGGAUUAAAUUUGAAAGUUACUGCCAACACGCUGAUACAGAGUGGGGAGAAAAGCAGGAAAAGGAAAAGUUUCCUGAAAAUAAUAGGGCACUAUAAUUUUAUUAUUAUUAUUAUUAUUAUUUUUUAUUAGGAAGUUAUUAUUUUUUUAAUUAAAGUAUUGUUACUACUCAGUUUUAUUUGUUUUAUUCCAGAAUUAGUGAAUGAUCGUGACAGUUUAGAAACACUGAAAAGGCUUUUCAGAAAAAUCACAAAAUCAUUUACAACGUUAUUGAAAAAAAAAAAACAAAUUUAUCUUUUUUUUUUUUUAAUGUAAAACAAAUACAAGCUAAAAAUUUAUGUUUAGAUUUUUAUUGACAUAAAUCAUUUUUCUUCUUAAUAAAUGGUCAACUUUGUGCCCUGUUACUUUUGGGACGUCUUGUUUAUUUUUAAUACCUUUAGAUUACAUUUGAUUCUUUGAGAUUUUUUGAUCUGGACCAAACUCUUUUGAUUGGAUUUAUCCGAUCGUAACUGCCCCGAGCGUCUCCUGAUUCGGAUUCGGACACUAUCGUGUUUGUAUCUUUUCGCCCAUCGUGAGCUUUUCUUUGUGUUUCUUCUCAUUGUAAGUGCAUUUGGAUUCAGUGCCGAGUCGCUGUACUGCUCGAUCUCCAGCACUGGUUUUUACACCAAACGGAACAAAAAUAAAUAAACAAAUAAACA